UGAUGUCUCGACACUGGGGAAGAAUUGCACAAGUAACUGGACAUCACUUUGAGGUUGACUCUGAAAAUUUCUCUUUGAAAAACAUAACAGAUGCCUCCUUGUUAAAGCAUAAAGAAGAUAUUGAGGAUAUCUGCAUCAGCGCUGUUAAAGAAAAGGAUAUUGAAGCAAAAUUGAAGCAUGUCAUCAGUGAAUGGAGUACCCAUGCUUUCAGUUUUGGCCAGUUCAAAACACGAGGAGAACUCCUUCUGAAAGGAUCGGAUACAUUAGAGAAAAUAGCUUUGGUGGAAGACAGUCUCAUGAUAUUGGGGUCACUCAUGAGCAACAGGUAUAACACACCAUUUAAGUCCACUAUACAACACUGGGUCCAGAAGUUAGGCAAUACAGCUGAAAUAAUUGAAAACUGGAUUGCUGUACAAAACCUCUGGAUUUACCUUGAAGCUGUGUUUGUUGGUGGAGACAUUGCAAAACAACUACCUCAGGAAGCCAGAAGAUUUCAGAACAUUGAUAAAUCAUGGCAGAAAAUUAUGCAGAAAGCUCAUGAAACAUCAAACGUAAUACAGUGCUGUGUUGGAGAUGAGACUUUGGCACAGCUAUUGCCACAUUUGCUGGAGCAAUUGGAAAUCUGUCAGAAAUCACUGACUGGUUACUUGGAGAAAAAGCGGUUAAAAUUUCCAAGAUUUUUUUUUGUGUCUGAUCCUGCUCUUCUGGAAAUCCUUGGUCAAGCAUCUGAUUCCCACACUAUUCAGGCACAUUUAUUAAGUUUGUUUGACAAUGUUAACCGGGUUGGAUUUCAUGAAAAAAACUAUGACCAGAUUUUAUUGUUUGAAUCUCAAGAAGGAGAACGGGUCAAUAUUAUUGAACCAGUUAUAGCUCAGGGCAAUGUGGAAAUCUGGUUGGGUCAGCUGCUGAAUGGGAUUCGGAAAACAAUCCACACUAUCAUUAGAGAGGCAUCAGUAGCCAUUAGCGACUCAGGUUUUAAGCUGUAUGACUUUCAGGCAAUGUUUCCUGCACAAAUAGGACUUCUGGGAAUUCAAAUGAUCUGGACCAGAGAUGCAGAGAAUGCAUUGAACUGUACCAAAACAGACAAAAAGGUAAUGCACGCAACAAAUCAGAAGUUUUUGGAACUUCUAAAUGAUUUGAUUGACAUGACUACACACAGUCUAACAAGAAUGGAACGCACAAAAUAUGAAACUUUAAUUACUAUUCAUGUACACCAGAAGGAUAUCUUUGAUGAUUUGGUCCGUAUGAACAUUAAAUCUCCAUCUGAUUUUGAAUGGCAAAAGCAAUCUCGGUUUUAUUUUCUUGAAGACUUGGAUAAAUGUGUUAUCCAAAUCACGGAUGUAGAGUUCACCUACUGCAAUGAAUACUUAGGAUGUACAGACAGACUCGUUAUAACUCCUUUAACUGACAGAUGUUACAUCACUCUGGCACAGGCCCUAGGCAUGAGUAUGGGUGGUGCACCUGCAGGACCUGCAGGGACAGGGAAAACAGAGACAACUAAAGAUAUGGGCAAAUGCCUGGGAAAGUAUGUUGUUGUUUUCAAUUGUUCAGAUCAAAUGGACUACAGAGGAUUGGGUCGUAUCUAUAAAGGUUUAGCCCAGUCUGGUGCAUGGGGUUGCUUUGAUGAAUUUAACCGCAUUGAACUUCCAGUUUUAUCAGUAGCUGCUCAGCAGAUAUAUAUUGUACUUCAGUGUAAGAAAAAUAAGAAACCUCAGUUCAUUUUCACUGAUGGUGACGUUGUUGACAUGGACAGAGAAUUUGGCAUAUUUCUGACUAUGAACCCUGGCUACGCAGGACGACAGGAGCUUCCAGAAAAUCUGAAGAUUCAGUUUCGUACAGUUGCUAUGAUGGUGCCUGACCGUGGCAUUAUUAUGCGAGUCAAGCUGGCAAGUGCUGGUUUCCGAGACAACCAAAUCCUUAGUCGAAAAUUUUAUACACUCUACAAGCUCUGUGAAGAGCAGUUAUCUAAACAGGUUCACUAUGACUUUGGACUAAGAAAUAUCCUGUCUGUUUUAAGAACACUUGGAGCAGUGAAAAGAUCUAAUCCCAAAGAGCCAGAGAAAACUGUAGUGAUGAGAGUUCUGCGAGACAUGAACCUUUCCAAACUGGUGGAUGAAGAUGAACCUUUAUUUAUGAGUCUCAUUAAUGACCUAUUCCCUGGAAUUACUCUGGAUAAAGCAGUGUAUCCUGAACUACAGUCAGCCAUUCAGAAACAAGCAGAGAAAGCAGGGCUUAUCCAUCAUCCACCGUGGAUUCUUAAACUCAUUCAGCUGUAUGAAACUCAACGAGUCCGACAUGGUAUGAUGACUCUAGGUCCAACUGGUGCAGGAAAGACCAAAUGCAUUAAUGUUUUGAUGAAAGCAAUGACAGAUUGUGGUGCUCCUCAUAAAGAGAUGAGAAUGAACCCAAAGGCAAUCACAGCUUCCCAGAUGUUUGGUACCCUUGAUGUUGCCACAAAUGAUUGGACAGAUGGCAUUUUCUCUACAUUAUGGAGAAAAACUUUAAAAGCAAAGAAGGGUGAGCAUAUUUGGAUAAUUUUGGAUGGGCCUGUUGAUGCGAUAUGGAUUGAAAACCUGAACUCAGUUCUGGAUGACAAUAAGACCCUGACUUUGGCCAAUGGAGAUCGUAUUCCAAUGUCCCCCAGUUGCAAAAUUAUUUUUGAACCUCACAACAUUGACAAUGCUUCCCCAGCAACAGUUUCUCGUAAUGGCAUGGUCUUCAUGAGUUCUUCAGUGUUAGAUUGGAAGCCUAUUUUAAUGGCUUGGCUGCAAACACUGCCUAGUACAUACUCUGAUGUUCUUUGGAAUUGCUUUAGUGCUGUAUUUCAGGUACUUAAUCAUUUUAGAAAAAAAAAAUGACAUUCCUUAUUCUUUAUUAAUGAUGCAUUGUUUAAUCCUAAAUGUUGUUUCGAUUAUUUACUUGUGUUUAUUUAUGUAAUAAAAUAAGAAUGAAGGAUUUAAAAACAAAAAAAGAUCUCUAACAUUAGUGAACAAGUGAGACUAUAUCAGAUGAAUAAUCUGGAUGUUUUGUUUUGUCUGCGUAGGAUAUUUGGCAGUGAAUUUUUAAAUCCAUGAUUAUUUUAUGGUGAUGUCAAAACAGAAAUGUUCUUUUUGUAAUAGUUACUGCAAUUUUAGUUCUUGUUAGGAUACA